AUUUCCACCCACCCUAGAUAUCGCGAAACGGCUAUAUGAACCAAAGUCGCAAAUCAUCAAAACACGGACGGCACCAAACAUAGUAGAAUAGAGAGGAAGAAAAUCAGAAUUGAGGGGUAAGAUCGUAGGAGAUAGUGUGAGAAUUUUCGCUUGUGAGUUUUUGAAAAAGAGGAAAUCAACAAUGGCAGCAGCUCUCUCCAAAUGGCUUGUGGACCCGAAGCGCAACCCUCUCGCUGCGCUCCACAUGAAAACCCUAUCCAAUCGACUCAGUAAAUACGGGCUUCGUUAUGACGAUUUGUACGACCCGAUGUACGACCUGGAUGUGAAGGAGGCGCUGAAUCGGCUGCCGAAAGAAGUUGUGGAUGCGAGGAAUCAGCGUCUUAAGCGCGCCAUGGACCUUUCAAUGAAGCAUGAUUAUCUUCCGGAAGAUCUUCAGGCUAUGCAAACACCAUUUAGGAGCUAUCUGCAGGAGAUGUUAGCUCUUAUCAAGAAAGAGAAUGCUGAGCGUGAAGCACUCGGUGCUUUGCCCCUUUAUCAGCGUACCAUUCCUUGAGUGGAUCUCUCUAUCCAUGCUGGGGCGGCCUGUGAUUGAACUACACCUCAUAUAUCAUUUAAUAAGGGCAAGUAAUGCAAGUCCUUUCUGAGUAUAGACUAUCAUGUUUUUUUCUGAAUCUUGCGUCCAAUUGUUACUAAUGAGCAAUAGUCUCUUCCUUAUUGUUUAGUUUUUCACCUUUUCAAUGUAAUGUCUACGGGCAAUGAUUACAUAUAGUGUGCUGUAUGUCGGUUGCAUCUCAUCAUAAGAUAUCCGCAUUUAUGGUGGAAUCCAAACAUUUCAAAUACCAGAAGCCUGCCUUAUCCUUUAUACGUAUGUGUAUGGAAACGUGGUAUCUUCUUUCUUCUUUAUCUUCAUUUAUUAUGGGCUUACAUGGA